UUUUUUUAAUUGUGCAGUGGUUGUAUCUUAAGGUAAUGUUUCAGUGGAACACUAUCCCAAUACUCAUGUGGAUUUUGUUAUGCAAGCAACUAAUGUGCGGUCUUUACCUGUAUUGGGAAGGCAGGAUUUGGUUGAUGUUGUUGUUAGGAAUAGUAGCAGUAAGCUAAGACGGCAAGAGAGAAUGAAAAAAUUGAAACUGAAUAGAUUACGCCCUCGAUCUACUGAUCCAUUUGUUAGACGUGGAUUGUCUCGUGUUAGGGGAGGAUCUUCUAAGGGUAGAGUUUCAAGUUCUGUAAUUAUAAAUGUAGAAUUAUCGAAUUCUAACAUUUUCCGUCGUGCUGAGUGUGAAGAAUACUUGGAUAUUGGUAACAUGAAUGUUGAAUGUCAAAAAUGUGGUGCUAUGGUUUGGUAUGGAGAACGAGCUCAAAAGUUUUAUGCGGUUAACUUUCUGAAGAUAUCUUUGUGUUGUAUGAAAGGAAAUAUCACGUUACCUCCAUUGAUUGAGCCGCCUGUUCUUAUUAGAAAUUUGUUCGCUGGGUUGGAUCGAAGGAGUAGCAAUUUCAUGUUGAAUCUUAGGUCAUACAACAACAUGUUUUCAUUUACUUCUUUUGGUGGUAAAGUUAUAUCUGAUAAGAACAAAGGACAUGGUCCUCCUAAUUUUGUUAUUGCUGGACAAAACUAUCAUCGAAUUGGAAGUUUAAUACCAGAUGAAGGUGAAAGACCAAAAUUUGCUCAACUUUACAUAUAUGAUACGGAAAAUGAAGUUGAUAAUCGUUUGUCUCAUUUCAGGGAACAUUCUGGAAGCAAUGUUUUGGAUCCAUCGUUGGUUGAGGAUUUAUUGAAAGUUAUGGAUGAACAUAACAUUUUAGUAAAAAGUUUUAGAAUGGUUCGUGAUUUUUAUCGGGAGAAUCAAAAUGUUCAUGUAAAGUUACGAUUAUUUCGUGGUAGAACUUUUGAUCCUAGAACAUAUAAUGUUCCCUGUAUUGAUGAGGUUGCAGCUUUAAUUGUUGAUGAUUUUGAUAGCUCUGAAAAUGGAAGGGAUAUUAUUGUUCGUGAAAGAGAUGGUUAUUUGCAAAAAAUUCACGAAACUCAUGCGAAAUAUAUCCCACUUCAAUAUCCUUUGUUGUUUCCAUUUGGGGAAGAUCAAUAUGAUGAGACUCUUAGGCGUAACAUACUAACGGUUACUGGAACAGUUAAAAAACGGGUUCGUGUUACUCUAAGGGAAUUCAUUGCUUAUAGAUUGCAAGAGAGGGUGCUUGAAAAUUCUAUUUUACUUCAUGGUAGGCGCCUCUUCCAACAAUUUGUUGUUGAUUUAUAUUCUAUGAUUGAAUCUCAACGCUUAUCGUACAUUAGAUUUAAUCAAGCAAAGAUUCGGGCCGAUUUUCUAGCUGGUGUUGAAGAAGCUGUUGGUCGUGGUGAUAUUAUUGGUUCUUCUCUGGGGUCUCGUGUUGUUGUGCCAUCUUCCUUCACCGGAGGUAGAAGAUAUAUGUUUAAUAAUUGUCAGGAUUCAAUGGCACUUUGUAAGAAAUUUGGAUAUCCUGAUUUGUUUCUUACUGUUACGUGCAAUCCAAAAUGGGAUGAGAUACAGCGACAUUUAUCAAAAUCAAGGAAUCAUGCUCCCUAUCGACCAGAUAUUAGCUGUCGUGUUUUCCAUGUAAAGUUGAAAGAAAUGAUGAAAGAUUUCAAGAAAGGUCAUUUUUUCGGAAGAUUGGUUGCAAGUGUAUAUACUAUUGAAUUCCAAAAGAGAGGGUUGCCUCAUGCACAUAUUUUAUUGUGGUUGGAUAAACGUGAUAGACUUGAUUCACCUGCUUCAAUAGAUUCUGUUAUUUGUGCUGAAAUCCGUGAUGAGAAUCUUUUUCCAAAAUUGUAUUAUGUUGUUUCGAGGUUUAUGAUUCAUGGUCCCUGUGGGAAGGAUAUAGAGUACUCUCCCUAUAUGAAAAAUUAUCGAUGCUCGAAGUUUUAUCCAAAGAAGUUUGUCAAGCAAACUACUUUCGAUGAAAGAGGUUAUCCUAUUUAUCGUCGUCGAGAUCUGGGGGUGACAGUUUUAAAGAAAGAAAUUCAAUUGGACAAUAGAAGUGUUGUUCCCUAUAACCCAAGCUUGAUCAUGAAAUAUCAAGCUCAUGUUAUUAUUGAAUUCUGUAAUAAGUCAAAUUGCAUCAAAUAUUUGUUUAAGUAUAUUACCAAAGGAGUUGAUAGGGUUACAGCUACUUUGGAAGUGGAUGAUGAUGAAGUUGUUGAUGAAAUAAAACAGUUUUAUGAUUGUCGUUAUUUGUCUCCGUCUGAAUCAAUAUGGAGAAUAUUUAGGUUUGAUAUUCAUAGUAGAUGGCCAGCUGUUCAGCGGUUGACGUUUCAUCUUCGUUCUGAGCAAAGAAUUCUAUUCAAUGAUGGUUCCAACUUGCAGACUGUGCUUUCUAGAAAUCGUGAUAGGAAUACAAUGUUUCUUGCUUGGUUUGAGGCAAAUCGACGUUAUUCGGCAGGUCGUUGCUUAACUUACAUUCAAUUUCCUUCUAAGUUUGUUUAUGAUUCGGAUAAUCGCAUUUGGUAUCCACAUAAACAGGGUGAAUCGAUUGGUAGGCUGUCUUUUAUUCCUCCCAGUAAUCGAGAGCUAUAUUAUAUGCGGUUGUUGUUGAAUGUCCAAGUUGGAUGUAAAAGUUUUGAAGAUAUCCGCACUGUUGAUAAUCAUGUUUAUGAUACUUAUCGUGAAGCUUGUGGUGAGCUGCAGCUUCUUGCUGAUGAUCGUCAAUUCAUAGACUGUAUAGAUGAACUUUCCAUUCUUGGUUCUGGUUAUCAUCUGAGAAAAGUGUUUGCUGUUUUAUUGGUGGCUUCAUCCAUGAGUGAUCCGUUAAAAGUUUGGCAACAAAAGUGGGAAAUCUUAGCUGAUGGAAUUUUGUAUUCUAGGCGUCGAAUGCUUAACAACCCAGAUUUGGUUAUCUCUUCCGAAGAUUUGCAACAGUUAUGUUUAAUUGAGAUAGAUAAGAUUCUUAGACCAAAUGGGAAGUGUUUGGCAGAUUAUAAAUGCAUGCCCAAGAUACAUGCUGGUGGUGUUGAGACAGCUGAGAAUCUGUUAAUUUUUAAUGAGUUGUCAUAUGAUCGUUGCGAAAUGUUAUCGAAACAUAAUGAACUGUUUAGGAGUUUAAACGAAGAACAAUUGUCUGCGUACCAUCAAAUUGUUGAUGCUGUGACCAAUUGUUUGGGUGGUAUGUUUUUUGUUGAUGGAUUUGGAGGUUCUGGAAAAACAUAUUUAUGGAAUGCACUUUCAUUUCGUUUUAGUUCAGAAGGGAAGAUUGUAUUAAAUGUAGCAUCCAGUGGUAUUGCUGCAUUGCUUCUGCCUGGUGGACGAACUGCUCAUUCUCUUUUUGGUAUACCGUUGGUGUUAACCGAAGAAUCAUGUUGCCGGAUAGAUAAACAGGGUGACAAGGGUAAGCUUUUGGUGGGGGCAAGUCUAAUUAUUUGGGAUGAGGCUCCGAUGAUUAAUAGACUUGCUUUUGAAGCAUUUGACAAAACUUUGCGUGAUAUAAUGAACAAAGUUGUUGAGGGGGCAUCAAAAAUUCCGUUUGGUGGAAAAACUAUUGUUUUUGGUGGUGAUUUUAGACAAAUUCUUCCUGUUGUACCGAAGGGUGGUAGAGCUGAUAUCGUCCAUGCUACUAUUAAUUCAUCCCCUUUGUGGCGUUUUUGUCGAGUGUUGAAAUUGACAAAAAACAUGAGAAUUCAAUUUUCUACAGUUGUGGAAGAAAACAAAUCUUUGGUUGAAUUUGCUAAAUGGAUUCUUGAUAUUGGUGAUGGCAAGUUAGGUCUAUCCAAUGAUGGAGAGGCUACCGUUGAAAUUCGAGAAGAUCUUUGUGUUACGAGUACUGGGAAUCACAUCCAUGAUAUUGUUAAUGCGACGUAUCCAGAUUUGAUUCAACACAUGGGUGACCCUAAAUUUUUUCAGGAUCGUGCCAUAUUGGCUCCAACUUUGGAAUUGGUUGAAAAGGUCAAUGAUUAUGUUAUGUCUCUAUUGUCCUCCGAGGAAAAGGUAUAUCUUAGUUGUGAUUCAGUGUGUUAUUGUGAUGAAGAUGUUGGCAUUGAUCAAAGAUGGAUUACAACCGAAUUUUUAAAUGAUAUUAAAUGUUCUGGAAUGCCAAAUCAUAAACUUCGCCUUAAGGUUGGUGUUCCAGUGAUGUUGCUUCGAAACACUGAUGUCUCUUCUGGACUUUGUAAUGGUACUCGCUUGACAAUUGUUGAACUAGGAAAGAAAAUUAUUGGUGCUGUGAUAGUCAAUGGACCUCAUAGUGGAGAAAAAGUAUUUAUUCCUCGCAUGAGGUUAAUGCCUUCUGAUUCCAAUGUAUCUAUAUCUUUUCAAAGAUGGCAAUAUCCUCUUUGUUUAUGUUUUGCAAUGACUAUUAAUAAAAGUCAAGGACAGACAUUAUCAGAUGUUGGAUUGUAUCUUCCGAGAUCAGUUUUCACGCAUGGUCAGCUUUAUGUUGCUCUUUCGCGUGUUAAAACUAGAAAAGGACUUAAGAUCUUGAUUUUGGAUGAAUCUGGUGCACCAACAAAUUCAACUACCAAUGUUGUUUACCAAGAAGUUUUUCAAAAAAUUUGAU